UAGUUCGAAUGGACAAUCACGUUGAAUCUAACCUUAAAAAACAAUUCGUCAGUCUUUUCUCUUCCAAUACCGAGCUUUCUACUUGCUGUUUAUUUUUCUAAAGCAUGCCAUUCCAAACUAUUAGUGAAACUAUACUGUGUUAUUAAUAAAGAAAUAUGUCAGCUGCGCUCGUACGUGAAAGCUUAGAAGUUGUCGAUGCCGAUUUCAAUGAUAAAAGUAAGAAAUCCAUCAAGAAAUCCAAAAAACGUAAAAACGAUCAAACUGAACUUUUUCCAACAAGUAAAAAAAUUUCGGUGAGCGAAUUAAGAAAAAACAAAAGAACCAAAGAGCAAAAUUUGCAAGAAAAUUUGGAAAAAUUAAGACUAAUUCGUGAAGUAUGCGCCAUAGAUUUGGAGGAAAAUAUCACUAAUAAGAUAAUAGAACGAGCAGUAUCAAGAAGGCCAAUAAAGGCAAAGAAGGUCUCGAAGAAAGCGGAGAAAACCGCAUUUACCGAAGAAGAUUUCGCCAAAUUUGAACAGGAAUAUCUUAACGAAUGAGUUUUUGUGGUGUAAAUACAGAAUGAACGAUCACAAUUUGGGAGUUUUGGGUUUAACUUUAAGCGUAGCUUUUAUAGGUUUCAUAUUUUUUCACUUGAUGAUCUUGCCAGUUUUACCAUUGGAAGAUGAAACGGCAGCAUAUUAUCAGAAUCACAUUAAUGCGAUUUUGGUUGCUUGUGGAUCAUUUAGUUUUCUGGUUAUCGGCACUUUGUUACUUUAUACAUUUUAUGUUUUAAAUGGUAAGUAGAGUUCAGUUCUAUUCAAUACUAGCUUACUGUGUUAUUAAUUUUAAAACUAAAAUGAAAAGUAUACGAUAUAGUUGAAUAAAUUGCUUUCAAAAUAGUUAAAACUGUUAAAAAAUAACAUCUAGUUAUAUUUGUUUGAUUGAGGACAGAAAAAUUUCAGAUCUUAGGAUAUUAGAAUUGAUAGAUGUGACUAAUAAUGACUCAAAUUUAAAAUUAUUACAAUUAAAAAUGGAUGCCCUAAAUCUACAAAUUGUUACCAAAACGAAACUAGUAGACAGGGCUAAAACUGAAAAUUUUAGCUAUUGUAUGUAUGAUAAGUUGCCUAUACGGCAGAGCUACCCGUGACACGAUCAUACACAUACGAGUAUUAUAUGUCUAUGGACACAAUGUGUUGGUGAAUGUAUAUUUAGUGUUUUCCAUAGGUACCUCCCUUUUUCCAGAUUUACCCACAUAUUUUAUCCUCUGUUCUCUCGGCACGGUUCUUUCUGCGAUGAGUUCUAGGGAACACUGCAUGCCUUUGGAUUUUCAAUGCAUUCUGUCAAAAUUUGUAGGAACUCUUUUGGCAUUUUUGAAUCAUUUACCACUUUUAAUAAGUCAUUCAAUAAACUUCCUUCUUUUGCAAUAAUACGAUGUCAACACUUUUUCUCCUGCACCAAUAAACGAACCCAAAAAAGUAAUCAGAACUCAUAAACGAACGCGCUUUUUAAUGACAAAAUCUAACAGUACCUACAUAUAAACAUUUUUUUUUCAAAUAAUUUGUUUUUUUGUAUUAUUUGAUUCUGCUGGUAUUUAUUUUCUCUUUCUUUUGUUCUCAUUUUUAGCAUUUAUUACUAAUUUAGAAUUAAUAAUUUUUCUUUAUAUAUUUUCGCCUUUGUCCUGUAAAUGGGUGUUCCUGUUGGGUAAAUAAAGCAUUAUUAUUAUUA